AUGCCCGAAGUGGACAUGUACAACUCGGCGGAGAUCGACCUGGAUGGCUAUUCAUCCUUCUCUCGACGGAAAGGAACCAGGCGGCCGCGACGCAGUGGAUUACACAUUUUGCAAGGUCGGCCAUUGUGGUGGAUUGCACUGCUUUGUCUAUUGAGCUUUGCAUCACCGGCCGCUGCUGUUCUAUUGGACUUUGAAAAUUGUCUAUCGAAAACCAUCCUCGAGUCCGACCCUCUACAACUUCAAUUCGUUCCCACCAACGUGUCCGUCAAAUUCAACCUUACCAACUCUCUACACCCGCUCGCCAUCACGGUCUAUGGCAAUGUGUCGGGAACCACGUCUCGAACUGCAGAUUACCCGCCACCGGAGUCUCCCGUCUGGGGAAAUGACACCUGGACCGAUGGCAAGAUUCAGGACGUGUACAGUACUAACAACAAGUACAGCACGCUGAUGACACAUCUCAAUGUGCUCAGCUUCACGACCUAUGACAAUCCCUCCCGUUUCCGUGACUCGGUCACGCAAGGUACCCUCCCGUUAGGACCGGUCUUCAACAACUACAACCUGAGUCAAUUGGACACAUUACGAGCGUUCACUAUUGAACAUGACAUGCUUUCAACGUACCGUUUCGGGACAAUCAUCCCGUUAUUGAAGGUUCGCUCUGGAGAUGCAUCCGCGGCUGACCUCGCCUGUGUUUCAGUGAGUGCCACACCGGACUUCGGAGGAUCCCUCAAAAAUGCCAUCGCCUACGUGCCUCUUAUAAUUUUGAUACUCGUGGGGAUUGCGACCAUCACUGCCGCCAUGUAUAGCCCUUGGGGCACAACUGAUCUGUUUCGGUGGACAAGCAACUAUGGCCGCGAUGAGGACGUUCUCCGGCUCGUCACUCCUGGGUUCGCAGAUUGCCUGCAAUACCUUCAAUUCGUCGUCUUGACAGGCUCGCUUUCUUUGAAUUACCCAGGCUUCUUCCAGCCUGCAGUGAGCCAGGGAGCAUGGUCGACUCUCAUGUUCAACCAGAGUUUCGUCAGCACUGACAUGGGCCGCGAUCCUGUUGUUGAUGGUUUAUACGCCGUCAACGGAAGUUAUGGCCUCGACCGAUUGAACCACCUGGUUGGCAUGGCCUCAUCCCAGGAUAUCUGGCCCGGUAUGAUGAUAUGGGUGCUGGUAAUCCUGGCCUGUGUGACAGUGGUCUUCCAGAUCGCAUUCGCGCUUCGAUGGUUGUAUCGUGAGUUGGCAAACAACACCGAUCAGGAUCUGCGUGCCAGGAACAUGCCGUUUACCUUAGGCAACCUCAUUCGCAUUGUCUUUAAUUUCCUUCUCUUGCCAAUCGUUUCCCUUUCCUUCUUCCAACUGGUUAUUGCUCGUGAAUCAACCGCUUACUGUGUUGCUUUGGCAGCCGUGGUGCUUGUCAUUGUCGCUUGUUUCUCUAUCUGGGUCAUCCGAGUGAUCCUCACCACCCGACCCAAGUCUCACCUUUUCGAUGAUCUUCCUACGGUAUUAUUGUAUGGACCGCUAUAUAAUACAUACUGCGACGAUGCAGCAGCCUUCGGUAUCGUCCCGAUCGUCUUGAACAUCGCUCGCGGGGUAGCCAUUGGUGCUUUGCAGCCAUCUGGCAUUGCCCAGGUGGUAAUGCUGGCCAUUUGCGAAGUCGUCUCCGUACUAACCCUGCUGGCUUUCCGACCUUUUUCAGGCCCGACUCACAUGAACCUGUACCACUGCCUCUUCUCCAUUGUGCGUUUCUUGACAGUUAUCUUGAGCGUCAUAUUUGUGCCGUCAUUGACGGUUUCGGAUGCGGCACGAGGCUGGAUUGGAUAUUUGAUCCUUGUGCUGCAUGCCAUGGUUCUUAUAUUCGGGUUCUUCCUCAACGCCAUGCAGACAUUAAUCGAGGUCUUGGCGAGACUGGCUGGUGCGGGUGGUGCCACUCGUGGUGGCUUGACCAAGGUGCUUGGCAUGCGCCAGCUCUCUAGGCGGACUCCGCGCCGUGAUCUUACUCGCCAGAGCAUGGGUUCGGAGGCUGCUAUGCUCGGCCACGGUGACGACCGUAUGUCUUCUCAGUUUGAUGGAUCGCGCCCCCGUAGUCUGUCUGGGAGCUCCGGUCUGCUGCUGAACCGUGCCACGGCCAGUGAUGGCAGAGCUAGCGCUAUCUAUGAUUAUCCUAGUUCGCAAGGGGGCACCCACAGUCGUGCUCCCAGUGGAGGGUUCCCCACACCUACCUCGACCGCCUAUCAAGGAGCCGGCUUCCCUAGCUCGCCUAGUAGUGGGAAGAGCCCGUCAAGGGGCUUCCUGAAAUCAAGAGCAAGCCGCCGAACAGUCAAAACUGAAGACGACCUGGGAGAUGGCACUAUGUCUGGCCGGGCCACACCUGUCCCAGCAUAUCUAGCAGCACCGAAGGAUGAUAUGGAGCUCGAUGCCCCACGAAAGCCGAAGGAUUAUGCUGUUCGUGAGGUUGAUUUCUACUACGGUGUUCGAGGCCCACCGCUCUCCCACAGCGGCACUCGAAAGUUGAAAACUGGGCCAGCCGACCCCACAGGCCCAGUCUCGUCUGCCACGGGCUGGUUCCGAGGCUUGCUCCAAGGGAAGACCAAGGACAACGCCAAAGGAUUUGAGGUUGUUCGAAGUGCUCGUGCGCCUCCUCCAGGUCUAUUCCCACGAGGAGGAGACUAUAACGAGCAGUACCAGGAUGGUACAGGCACGCCAUCCGCCAGCCAUUCUCGGAAUGUGUCCACUAGUAAUGUUCCUUAUCAGGAUUCAGAUAAUGACCAAGACCUGGAGCGGUCAAGUGAAACACGCCCACCAGUACUGCCACCACUCAAUACGUCAGUUGGCGGUGGUAUUGAGUUGCCUAGUCGAAUGGGUUCACGGCACACACAGGCGCCCGCGGAACAAGAUGCAGGCGGAACUGUGGCUGGCCUUCCACUUGUGACCGAGACCCUGUCGCACCAGUCUGAGGUGGGCCAGCGCUCUGAGCACUCCGAGCACCAUCUCCAACCAGAAGGCGCCACCACCGCGCGCCUGCCUUUCAGCGGGAGUAGCUCGCCAUCUCGUGAACGAGGUCUGUCUAUGACCUCUACUUCAAGGUCAAGGUCAAACGCCUCGAGCCAGCAAACAGGGCCUCGAGCGGAACGGCCCUCGAGUAUGGGCUAUGUACCUCAACAUCGCGCACACGACCACAUCCACGAGGCGAGUCCCGACGAGCCAUCGUUCACAGGCAGCUCAGCAGAGCUUGUUGAUGAAGCUGCGCUAGGUGGGCACGGACGCUAG